AUGUCAAAUCAGGAUAUUUUAAAAAGUUUAAAUUACCUCGACAAUUUAGAUAAUUUAGAUAUAAAGCUAUCGAAAUUAAAUUUAAAAUCUUCAACACACUCCCAUUUACUCAGUCAGGUGAGGUGUUAUCGAGAUGAGCUAGGGAGGUAUAAGGAGAGAGUAGAUAGCAAUUAUGACGACAUAAGUGUUAUCAAUGGAAGUAUUCAAGCUAUCAACACGCAACUCACACGAGCCAUCGAGCAUAACACUCAAUUUACCAGCUCAGUCCGUCAAUUACUCAAUUCCACACACACACUCCAAUCCAAGUUGCAAUCCACAGAGCAAUUCCUCGAAACCUUCACUCUCCCUCCCCAAGCAGUCCUCUUGCUCAGUUCGAAAGACUACAACAUGGAUUACCCACUCCUCGACGCGCUAACGCGUCUGAACGACAUCCGCCACAAAGCCCAAUUGCUACACACGCCCACUGGCGACCAAUCCACGGCAGCUCUCGACAUUCUCCACACAUCCUCACCGCUAUGUGAAACCGCGUAUGUGAAAAUUUGCAAGUAUCUCAAACACCAAUUCGACAUGCACUAUGCCAAGAGGGGCGGAGGGGAGGUCAUUGUGGAAGGGCUGCACGUUGCGUGUCUGGAGCACCUAGCCCAACGUGAUGAUCUCUACCAUGAGGUGCUAGUACAUCUGGCCAAACUCCGCAGAAUGCUUCUACAAUCACAAUUCCUUACUGCCCUCGCAAACUUGGAAAGCAAUGAGGAUAUCAUCACCCAUCCCGUUCGCUUCGCGGGCGAGUUGCUCGCGUGGCUCCACCAGCAUGCGGCUGAUGAGAAGGAGUUGAUGAGCGACCUCCUCGCAAAGAAACCCGUCGAGGAAACUCUCUCUAGCGCUCUGUUGGAUGUAUCGCGGAGGAUUAGGCUUCACCUAACACACGCACUCAGCUUCACUCACCGCUCGGAACAACUCACUGACCUUAUUGGCUUCUAUAAAGACACACUCACACAAAGCAUACCUGUAGCUAGCAUAACCGAUCUAUUUGCCUAUCUUUGA